GGAAGAUAGCCUAUUCCGGAAAUGAGCAGGUUUCAAGUCUCCCAUUGAUGAACAUUUGUCUCUCUCUCUCUCUCUCUCUCUCUCUCUCUCUCAUUGGAGCUCUGCUGCUAAUUGAAGACAAGAGGAGUCUUAAGGCCUCUCGAACCAGAGGUCUAUUUGCCAGCUUUGGAUAUAUUGCAAGCAUACGAUGGCGAAGACAGAAUAAUUUUCUUCUGUCUGAAGAACUCUAGAUCAAGAAAAUGGACAAGAAAAGCGAUGACGGAAAAUCUGGCACCGUAGCACAAACCGGUGGCAAUGGAUCUGGUACGGGGAAUAUGGUGGCCCCGGGGACCGGAGGUGCAGUGCAUGUACCUCGAGAUGCUUUCGAAGCAAACACAAAGGCUUAUUUUGACAACCUUCAUGCUAAGGACAAGACAACUAAGUGA